AUACAGCCAAGGUGGGAAUAUCCAAAAACAUUAUCGUCUUAUUUCUCAAGUCGCAUGUUGAAUGAGUGAAACAGAACAGAGGCAAAAUGUGUGGAGUGAAAUGCAUCAGCUUUGCGCUGUGGAUUAAUAUUCUUAGUGUAAUAACAGGAGAAGACAAUUUUAAACUGAAUUUAACUCCGUUAAAUCCAGUGAUUCAUGUUGGUAAGGAUCUGGAGCUGACCUGUGAAGCGACCAAUUGUAAGGAUAAUGUGACCUUCAUCUGGGAAGCAGCACUGGAUAAAUUUCUCGGUGGAGAGUCUGUAUCUGAGAAGAAUGUUUCCCGCCUGCUGAUCAGGAACAUCUCUUUCAAACACAGUGAUACAGUUGUGUGCAAAGCUACUUGUCCGGGAAAGCAACUACAGAAAACGACAAAGAUAAAUAUGUUCUCUUUUCCAGAAGAUCCCAUCUUGCCCAAAAUAAAGAGUUUGAUAGCAAACCAAAAACAGAAGCUUAGCUGCACAGUCCACAACAUUUACCCUUUGAAAAGCUUUAAGAUUCAGUGGCUUCGUGGAGAUAAGAUCCUCCAUGAGAAAGAACCUGAUGAUCCAACUUCAGACCAUGUUCAGAGCUAUUCCUCCGUGUUCAGUUACACACCUUCUGUCGAUGAUCUGGGCAAGAAUAUUAGUUGCAAGGCAACACUGAAACUCGAUUCCAUAAAUCAGGAGAGAACAACAACUGGAGAAUAUGGUCCAGGGACUAUAACAGUUUCCAGUAAUGAUACCUCGGUAAAGCUUGGCGAACGUUUAGAGAUAACAUGUCAUGCAGACGGAAACCCCAAACCAACGAUCUCUUGGUGGAAACUAGGGGAGACUGAGCCUGAACUCAAGAACAACAAGCUGACAAUAAAUAAUGCUACCUGGUCUCAGGCAGGCUGCUAUUUUUGUAAAGUAAGCAAUGACGCGGGAAGCCAGCAAAUGAGUGUAAAUGUCACUGUUGUAGGUCCUCCAAACAUCCCCAAAAUCCAGUUAAGCUAUAGAGAAGAGCCCAAAGAAGGAGAGAGCAUAAGCAUAUUCUGUUCUUUAGACGGUGGCCCAGCAGAACUGAAACUGUACAGACAGUCCCAGAGCAAUGUGACAGGAGAUCCGAAGAAAUCAACUGUGCUUUUAAACAUCUCAUCAAUCCAAAUAACUGAUGCAGGGAUUUACAUCUGUGAAGCAAAAAAUGACUUCGGCAUUGAGAGAAGCACAAUCAACAUUACAGUCCAAGCAGCACAACAUGACUUCUGGAGAAAGCCAGACCUGCCUGUGGUCAUCCUGCCGGCUGUAGGGUCAGUGUCGCUGUUGACCGCUGCUGUACUGCUGAUCCGACACUGCAGAAAGCAAGCCAAGAGCGUCUCCAGUAACAUCCCACUCGACUAAACUUUUACAUUUUUGAAAUGUUUCUUAUGUUCAUAAAGGCUACAUCUAUUUGAUAAAAAAGAAAAGAAAAAAAAAGUAACAAUAGUGAUAUUAAUAAAGAUAUUGUAAAUAUUAAAAAAUAUAUAUAUAUAUAUUUUAAAAAUGAUUUUUUUAAUCAACAUUGAAAAAUAUAUAUAAAGAAUUAUUUUAUUCAGCAAAGAUGCAUUCAAAUGUUUUAAAGUGACGAUAGCGAAAUUUAAGAAAAAUACUUAGCAGCAAAAACUGUUUGCAAAAUUAACAAUAAGAAUGAAUAACUGAGCACCAAAUCAGCAUAUUAGACUGAUUUCUGAAAGAUCAUGUGCAACUGAAGACUGGAAUAAUAAUUCUGAAAAUUCAGCUUUAAUAUCACAGGAAUAAACUACAUUUUUAAAAUAUAUUAUUUUCAACUAGAAUAAUAUUUCCAAUAUUACUGCU